CGCAGUUCCAAGUCGCUGAUCACCGUCCAUCAAAUCUAUUUCCUUUCCAUUUAGAUCAGAUCACCUGAAUUAGACCUCAUCUGCUCAAAUAUGGCGGACUUUCAUUUCGGCGGUACUGAGGAAGAGAAUGCCGAACUGAGAAAGCUUCACGCCGAUGUACUGGAAGAUUCCGAUAAUUUUGAGAAUUGGGAGAAGUUGGUUCGAGCUGCUGAAUCCCAAGAAGGCGGUUUGAAUCGGAAUUCCAGCCCUCAAUCAAUAUCUUCGACGAGGAAUAUCUAUGACGGAUUUCUCGCCAAAUUUCCUCUCCUCUUCGGAUACUGGAAGAAAUAUGCGGAUCUCGAGUUUUCUAUCGCAGGCACUGAAGCUGCAGAAAUGGUAUAUGAGCGAGGGAUUGCGAGCAUAACUUCCUCCGUGGAUUUGUGGACGAAUUACUGUGCAUUCAAAAUGGACACAAAUCAUGAUCCCGACGUCAUCCGAGAGCUUUUUGAACGGGGCGCCAGUUGUGUAGGCCUUGAUUUUCUCGCUCACCCAUUCUGGGACAAAUACCUCGAAUUUGAGGAAAGAGUAGAAGCCUUCGAUAAGAUAUUCGCCAUCCUUGAUCGCAUUGUCCAUAUACCAAUGCACCAGUACGCUCGGUACUUUGAACGAUAUCGACAGCUCGCCCAAAAUCGACCACUGGAAGAACUCGUGCCUGUCGAAGUUCUCGCACGGUUCCGCGCUGAACUUGAAAUGCAGAAUGCACCGAUGAAAGUCGAAAAGGCCCCUAUCGAGAUUGAGAGAGAUCUCCGUCUCCGAAUCGACAGUCACCAUCUAGAAAUCUUCACUCGAACCCAGACCGAGACAACUAAGAGAUGGACUUAUGAGUCUGAAAUCAAGCGACCUUACUUCCACGUUACAGACCUGGACGAAGGGCAAUUGGCUAACUGGCGUAAAUAUCUUGAUUUCGAGGAAGCUGAGGGUGAUUAUUCACGGAUUCAGUUCCUUUAUGAGCGGUGCUUGGUCACCUGCGCAUACUACGAUGAAUUCUGGCUUAGAUAUGCGCGAUGGAUGCAGGCUCAAGAAGGAAAGGCAGAGGAAGUCAGAAACAUUUUUCAGCGAGCAAGUGCUCUAUAUGUGCCUAUCGCUCAACCUGCAAUUCGGUUGCAGUACGCAUACUUUGAAGAAAUGUCGGGAAGGGUCGACGUCGCUCAAGCCAUCCAUGAGGCAAUUCUUUUCAACUUGCCUGGCCACGUGGAGACUAUAGUCUCAUGGGCAAACCUCCAGAGACGACACGAAGGAUUAAAUGCUGCCAUUGAGAUCUAUAAAAUCCACAUAGACUCACCGGAAUGUGAUUCACACAGUAAAGCGGCGCUCGUGGCUGAAUGGGCACGCCUUUUGUGGAAAAUAAAGGGUGCAACCGAAGAAGCGCGUCAAGUGUUCCACAAGAAUCAGCAGGCCUACCUCGAUAGUCGGCAUUUCUGGAUAAACUACCUGCUCUUUGAACUCGAACAGCCCACUACCGGCGAAACCGAGUCCGUUCAGUAUCCUCGGAUCAAACAGGUUGCUGACGAUAUCCGCCUACAUUCACACCUUCCUCCGUCAACUAUUAAAGACCUUACUCACUACUACAUGGUAUAUCUGCUGGAAAGAGGAACAAAGGACGCCGCAAAGGAGUAUUUGGUCCUUGAUCGUGAGGUGAACGGGCCUCUCUCGAUCCAAACAAUUUCUAAAACCAAAAUCACCGAGGAUGGUAAGCCGCUGAGCGCAGAUCCGCGGCUAGCAAUGGAAAAUGGUCACUCUGGCGUGCCUGUUGACGAUUCAGCCACUCGGAGAGGGGAGAACCUCUACGCGAGAUUCUAUCAACCGUAGGAAUGCGAUUCUUCUCUUCCGACGAUAGAGAGUUCGCAGCAUUAGGGGCUCCUGUCUGGUGCCCUAGGUAAUACCCUUCCGAAAGCCAUUUCCAUUAACACCUGUCCCAUAGUGCUAUUUUGUGGGGAAAAAGAGCUCAUGCACAUACUUUUCCCCAUUGCUCAUCUUUUUGCCAUUUCGCACGACGUGAUUUAUACAUGUAAUUAAUGCUUCAAGUUUCAAGGCUCGAGCGCAGCCUUGGGUAGAGUCAGAUUGUCUGAUAGACAGGUUAUUUAUGACUUACAGAUGAAAUAAAAGAAUUUUGCUUCGCU